UGUUGGGCUCGGUUUCGGGGUGGGGUGUGAUGGGGUGUAUCUGGCUGGCGUGCUUGGGGGCCUGAGAGGCUACCGGUGCGGCCCGGGGUUACCAGCAUUUCCAGCAGUCAUUUUGCAACCUGGUUAAACCUGAUAACUCUUUUACUAGGUGUAAUUCCAUGUUUAAUGAUCUAGUGUGCAAUCUGAUCUGGUUGAAAAUGUCCCUGCUUACUGCAGGGGGGUUGGACUAGAUGACCUCUAAAGUCCCUUCCAACUCAAACUAUUUUAUGAUUCUAUGAUAAUGCAUCAAUCAAAAGAUAACAAACCCCAUCUUUAUGUGCACAGGGACACUGACGUAUCAUAACGGGCAGGCUGUAAUCAAAAGACACUGAUAAACAGGAACAGGAAUUGCUCCAAAGGGCUUAAGAUCGUGCAAAAAAGAUGUUUCCUUUAAAAGACACUGAGAUGGGUGCCUCCACCUUCUUUGCCUCAGCUCUGCCACAUGAUGUUUGUGGAAGUAAUGGCCUUCCUCUGACACCUAACUCCAUCAAAAUUUUGGGGAGAUUUCAAAUCCUUAAAACAAUCACCCAUCCCAGGCUUUGCCAGUAUGUUGACAUUACCAGAGGUAAACAUGAGAGACUGGUUGUGGCAGCCGAACACUGUGAAAAGAGUCUGGAAGAUUUGCUACGUGAACAAAAGCCCAUCAGUUCUUCAAGGAUCUUGUGCAUAGCAUAUGAGGUUUUGCAAGGUUUGCAAUAUAUGAACAAACAUGGAAUGGUCCACCGAGCCCUCUCCCCUUGCAAUAUUCUUUUGGAUCGAAAGGGACAUGUGAAAUUGGCUAAAUUUGGACUCUACCAUAUGACUGCUCAAGGUGUUGAUGUUGAUUUCCCAAUAGGGUACCCAUCAUAUCUGGCACCUGAAGUAAUUGCACAGGGAAUAGUCAAACCAAGUGAUCAUACUCAGUGUGAGAAGCCUCUGCCUUCUGGCCCUAAAUCAGAUCUGUGGUCUCUUGGUAUAAUACUAUUUGAGCUUUGCAUGGGAAGAAAAUUAUUCCAGAGUUUGGAGAUAGCAGAAAGAUUGAAAUUUAUAAUUAUGUUAGGCUGUGUUGAUGAUAUUGUAACUGUAUUGGCUGAAGAACAUGGUUGCAUUGAUAUUAUUAAGGGCCUUUCUGAAAAUAUCAUAGCUCUACUGAAAAAGUGCCUUACAUUCCAGCCUUCUAAGAGGCCAACUCCAGAGGAAUUGCUGCAUGACAGUUUGUUCAAUGAAGUAUCCUCAGUAUACCCUCCCUUCCACAAACCUGCUGGUCUGUUCUCAUCUUCUCCAAGGUGUGCUAAUUUAACGCUACCUGAAGACAUAAGUCAAUUAUGUAAAGAUGGAGAUAACGAUUACCUAGCAGAAAGAUCAAUUGAAGAGGUUUAUUAUCUCUGGUGUUUGGCUGGAGGAGACUUGGAGAAGGAACUUGUCAACAAGGAAAUCAUUCGAUCAAAGCCACCUGUCUGCACGCUUCCCAAUUUUUUAUUAGAAGAUGGUGAGAGCUUUGGGCAAGGACGAGAUAGAAGUUCCCUCCUAGAUGACACAACUGUGACAUUGUCCCUGUGCCAGCUCCGAAAUAGACUGAAAGAUGUUGGUGGGGAAGCCUUUUAUCCGUUGCUUGAAGAUGACCAAUCGACUUUACCUCAUUCAAAUAGUAGUAAUGAGCUGUCUGCAGCUGCUAGUCUUCCUCUGAUCAUCCGGGAGAGGGACACAGAGUACCAGCUAAAUAGAAUUGUCCUAUUUGACAGGCUGUUGAAGGCCUACCCAUAUAAGAAAAAUCAAAUUUGGAAAGAAGCCAGGGUUGACAUCCCUCCUCUUCUGAGAGGCAUAACAUGGGCUGCCCUGUUGGGUGUUGAGGGUGCUAUACAAGCAAAAUAUGAUGCCAUUGAUAAAGACACACCGAUUCCUACAGACAGACAAAUUGAAGUUGAUAUUCCUCGUUGCCAUCAGUAUGAUGAAUUGCUGUCAUCACCAGAGGGUCAUGCAAAGUUUAGACGUGUAUUGAAGGCCUGGGUUGUUUCCCAUCCUGAUUUGGUGUACUGGCAAGGUCUAGACUCUCUUUGUGCACCGUUUCUGUACUUGAAUUUUAACAACGAAGCUCUGGCAUAUGCCUGCAUGUCUGCUUUUAUCCCCAAGUAUUUGUAUAACUUCUUUCUGAAGGAUAAUUCUCAUGUUAUUCAAGAAUACCUGACGGUGUUUUCCCAGAUGAUUGCAUUCCAUGAUCCAGAGCUGAGUAACCACCUUAAUGAAAUUGGUUUCAUUCCAGAUCUUUAUGCUAUUCCUUGGUUUCUUACAAUGUUUACACAUGUAUUUCCUUUGCACAAAAUUUUUCACUUGUGGGAUACGUUACUGCUUGGAAAUUCUUCCUUCCCAUUCUGUAUUGGAGUUGCAAUACUUCAACAACUGAGGGAUCGUCUUCUGGCUAAUGGAUUCAAUGAAUGCAUCCUCCUUUUUUCGGACUUGCCAGAGAUUGAUAUUGAGCGUUGUGUUCGUGAGUCAAUCAACCUGUUUCGCUGGACCCCAAAGAGUGCUACGUACAGGCAAUAUGCACAGCCUCCACGGCAAGCCAGUGAAAGCAACGGCACAAGAAGUUCCAUGUCCUGCUUUUCAGCAGACUAUCAGGAAGCACCUCGAAGUGACCUCUCUAGGGAUUCCAUCAAGUUGGAUGACCUGAAGGCAGAGGUGUCACCACGAAUUUCAGCAGAAGAUCUGAUUGAACUGUGUGAGCUGACAGGACCUAGUCAUUCCAAAACACCUGUAAAGAAAACAAAGCCUAGCAAGCCAAAGCUGCUGGUGGUCGACAUUCGUAACAGCGAAGACUUUAACCGUGGCCACAUUUCUGGCAGCAUCAAUGUCCCAUUUGCAUCAGCAUUUACUGCAGAAGGGGAUCUUAUCCAAUGCCCAGCAACCGCCAUGCUCCAGAGCUUUAAAGGAAGAGUUGUGGUGAUUGUAGGAAAUGCAGUGAAGAACAUGGCUGCUUUUGCAGCUUAUCUAGUGAAAAACAAGUACCCAAGGGUCUGCAUCCUAGAUGGAGGCAUCAACAAGAUCAAGCCGACUGGUCUCCUCACUGUUCCUUCUCCACAAAUUUAAGUGACUGUAAACAUUCCGGACAAUCUCUCUAAAUAGGGAAGUCUUCCCGUACAACAUGGAUAUCCUGAACCCAAAGGGCAUUAUGGUGUCUUCAGUAUACAAGCUAUCCUGAUGAUCAGUGUCUUAUCCUGCAGAUCUAGAGCAUGGGAGCUUUGUGUUUAUUCUUGAUAUAGAGCUUCAGCUGGAACAGAUGAAAACUGUGAAGCUUCCAGCUUUCCAAGAAGCCUCUUUCAGCACUGAUGUAGUGCACAACUGGUUGAGCAAGUCUGAACACAAAAAGAGUAACUCGGCUAGUAUUUGGUAUCUUAAAAAUAUUUCUGCAGAACAAAAUAAACUGGCACUUGAUGGCUAUAAGCUGCACUUAAAUAGAUCAUUUUUCAAAAGUAUGUUACUGUGAAUAUGGAAAGUAAGAAGCUGAAACUGUACCCUGUGUGUAUCCUGUGAAAAAGUGUGAUUUCUAAUAUUUUAAAGAGUGAUUGCUGUAUCUUGUGACCCACUUUCUUUUUGAGAAAGCAUUUUUUCAUCUGAAUUGGAAAUAAAGAUGUAUCCCAGAUUGGAAGUCA